AUGUCCCAGAAUCACGAGAGCGAGUCCCCCGAGUGGCAUGCGGCCCACCGCGAUGCAGCUUCUUUGGCGAUCAAUGCUCGGCCGGCCUGCUUCUUUCGCCUAGAGAGCGCUCCCGACGUCUCGCUGGCCCUCAUUGUUCUUCAACAUGCACAAUGUCCGUUUGCCGUCAAAUCCGGCGGCCAUGACAGAUCUGUGGGAGAGUCGUCUAUUAACACCGGCGUCACGAUCGAUCUCAAGAAUCUCAAUCACAUCAAUGUGUCCGAAGACCGGACCAGUGUAGAGAUUGGUCCCGGAAAUAGGUGGAUUGAUGUGUAUUCUGCUCUUGAUCCUCUGGGCGUGACCGUUGUUGGCGACCGAGCCGGUAAUGUGGGAGUAGGAGGGUUCCUCCUUGGCGAUGGAAUAUCUUUCCUAACAAACAAAUAUGGGUUGGCAACCGACAACGUGGAGGCCUUUGAAAUUGUCCUUGCCGAUGGACAGAUCAAGAGAGCGAGCCCGUCGAGUGAUGCUGAUCUCUGCAAGGCACUUCGUGGCGGUGGUGCCAACCUGGGUAUCGUCACUUCAUUCAAACUUACCCUCUAUCCGCAAGGAUCUAUGUGGGGAGGCCCAAGGGCUUACGGUCUCGAACAUCGAGAGUCUUUGCUUUCAGCCUUCUGGGACUACGGAUACGACAACAAACACAACUCGGAUAUGGGGUGGAUUUUCUCACUCGUUAACUACGAAGAUGAAUGGGUAUGGGCAGCCGAUUUGAUAUAUCUCUUGCCUGAGGUACCUGUAGGCAAGCCUAUUUUUAAAGACAUCUUAGAGAUCCCUGCCGCGUUCGACCAAACGAGCAUAGCCACCCAGUCGCAACGGGUGACGGAAAUGGCUUCGCUUUUUGUCAAUGGCAGAAACAACGCAUUCUGGACUCUUUGCACGAAGGUCGACAAACAAAUUGUCAGGUUCUACUUCGAUACCUGGAAGAGUGAGACCAAGGACCUCUUGGGCGGAAGUGCCAAGUUCCUGCAUGCUGAGUGCCAGUUCAUCACUGCGAACGUCACCAAGGCCAUGGAGCGCAACGGGGGCAACGCAACCGGUCUCGCAGGUCAGGAACCUUUCUUGGUAUUCCUGAUGGAGCCAUGGUGGGAGGACGAUCACGACACUCCGGCCAUCGAGCGGGCAAUGAGAAACACGGCCCAGAAGGUACAGACUGAGGCGCAAAGUCUAGGUGUUCAGCAUGACUAUCUCUACGUGAACUACUCCGGUCCAUAUCAGGAUCCAUUCAGCGGCUAUGGGACGGAGGCAAAGGAUGAGCUGCGGAGAACGGCAGCAAAGUACGAUCCGAAAGGGGUCUUCCAGAAGCUGAGAAGAUCUGGGUUUAACCUAAAUGGACCUUUGAGGGCCCUGCAGAGCGUAGAUGUGCCUAGAAGUAACCUGAGUUGA